AUGGCGCCACUUGCUUCCCGUGGCACCCUUAUUAUAUUCCAGUGGACAAGACGGGAGAACACAGAAGGCAUUCAACUUUCAAAUUUACAGAAGCCAAAACCACACUUGAUCACCAUGGCAGCGAGCUAUCUAGCGAAGAACGCAUUAAUCAUCAACGUGUCCAAGUCCUUCCCUCAAAACCCUUCUCUUUCUCUUCAAUGUUUCUGUUUAUCGUUGAUGACUUGUUAUGUGGUGCAUGGAUCGCAGCAAGAUCGAAAUGAAGCAGAAGAAAUGUCGAAGAAGACAUCCAAUAUGUCCGAAAGGGUGAAGGAUAUUGUGAAGGAAGGGACCGAAAGGGCGAAGGACACAGCCAAACAGAAAGCAAGGGAAUUCCAAGAUUCCACGAGCGACGUGGUAGGUAAUAUGAAGGAGAAUACGAAGCAAGGAAUGGAGAGGACAACGGAGACGGCACAUGUAGAAACGCAACCCUAA